UCCAGGUGGAGGCCACAGAGGUCCCAGGGCAAGCAGAGGCAGCAAUGAUUGGUCCUGACGGUGGCUGAGCCCCCAGCCCCUGGAAUAUGCAGCCCGGGGGAGCCCCAGGCAAGGACGCGGUGGCGGAGUGGGGCGGGAGGCAUGGUCUCCACCUACCGGGUGGCUGUGCUGGGGGCGCGAGGCGUGGGCAAGAGUGCCAUCGUGCGCCAGUUCUUGUACAACGAGUUCAGCGACGUCUGCGUGCCCACCACCGCCCGCCGUCUCUACCUGCCUGCUGUGGUCAUGAACGGCCAUGUGCACGACCUCCAGAUCCUAGACUUCCCACCCAUCACCGCCUUCCCUGUCAACACGCUGCAGGAGUGGGCAGAUGCCUGCUGCAGGGGACUCCGGAGCGUCCACGCCUACAUCCUGGUCUAUGACAUCUGCUGCUUUGACAGCUUUGAGUACGUCAAGACCAUCCGCCAGCAGAUCCUGGAGACAAGGGUGAUUGGCACCUCGGAGACGCCCAUCAUCAUUGUGGGCAACAAGCGAGACCUGCAGCGCGGACGCGUGAUCCCGCGCUGGAACGUGUCGCACUUGGUGCGCAAGACCUGGAAGUGUGGCUACGUGGAGUGCUCGGCCAAGUACAACUGGCAUAUCCUGCUGCUCUUCAGCGAGCUGCUCAAGAGUGUCGGCUGCGCCCGCUGCAAACACGUGCACGCCGCCCUGCGCUUCCAAGGCGCGCUGCGCCGCAACCGCUGCGCCAUCAUGUGAGGCCGGGGCGCCCUCCUCUGCCACCCGGCUGAAGCCUGGGGCCCAGCGAAGGGCAGGGCCAGGCGGGCAAGGAGCCUGCAGAAAUCGAACUCAUGGUCCGGGCCUGGAACGCCCCCGCAGCCCCGCACCUCCACCGAAAGGCGAGGGCGAGAGGGAGCCUCCGAGGAACUCCUCCGCCCUCCGCUUCUCACGCGUUUGUCUUCCUGGGACAACCACCUUCACGGCUGUAGCUAGCGUAGUGCCCGGCCCGGCCCGAGCCGGUGCCACAUCCCUUUGGGAUUGGGGGCGAGCGUGUGAAAUGGGGGGUGGGGUGAGGAGGUGCUGCUGCCUUGGCCGGGCCCCCACCGGUCCUCCCCGGAGUGUGUCUGUCUUUGUCCAGUGUCCUCCUUUUCCCGUGUCUGUCUGCCCAACGUCUGUUAGUUCUCCCUCGUCUUAUCCACCCUCCGGCCUCCCUCCCCACCCCCAGCUCCGCUCACAGGGCUCUCAUUUCGUUCAUCUCCUUGUCACAGAUCCUGGCAGCUUUUGAUGCCAGGCCAUCUGGCCGUCAGCGCCACUGGCACAGGGCAGAGAGAUGCAGGUGGCCCACGGACCGCAAUCAAGAGGUCUAAAGGUUGAGGUCCCAGAUCAGUCAGGGGGAGAAGGCUGAGCUCUCCUGUUCCCAGGGAGACCUCCCUGCCCAACAGCCCCCAGAGACACAACAACCUACCUUCCAGCCUUAACUCGAUGGUCCACCCCUGCCAGGUGCCCCCCACCCCCUUCCUGACCCCAAAGCCAGAUCACCCCCUGGGUUAAAACUUGUUUUAAUAGUGUGGGGAGGGAAUUCCCCCAAAGGAUAGAUUCCUUCCCAUGAUGCCAGGUUCCAGUCCUCUAUACCUCCUGCACCAGGUGAUCUGCCAGAUUGGGGGAUGUAGAGUCCUGGGGUCUGUUGGUUGUGGGCAGGGUGGUGCCCAGGAAGGGGUCAGGUUGUGCCAGUGACGAUUCUGCCUCCCUAUCCCACCCCACUCUGAUUACCCCCAAAUUCUGCCUGCCUCCGAUCUCAGGGUACCCUGAUUCUUCUGGGUAGGAGCCGGGAGAAGAAUUACGGGGAUCCCUGUGCCUGGAGGAGACAUGCCUGCAUCCCCACCUGUUGGUGGAGGCCCUCAGGAUCUGACACCCCGUGUCCCGACACCAGUUGGCCCUAUGCCCUAACUCACUCCGCCCCAUUUUCUCCGGCUGCCUGGCCGGGUUUCUACCUCUCGUCACCGGAGCUGAUCACUGUCAGUUUUGUACCGAUUUAGAAAUAACAAUAAUAAUGAUUCUAGGAAAUGCCCCGAGGGGUUAAUGGGGGGGCUUGGGGAGAGAGAGAGAGAAAGAAAUGGUGCCAUGUCCCUUGCCCCUGGCCAAAGAGAGUUCGUUUUGAGGCUGAGCUCUUGGCCCUGGCCCAGUGGGGGGAUAUGAGGGACCCUUGGUUAAAGGGGAAGGGCACAUAGAGCAAUCCAGCUUCUGCCAGCUUAGCCAGGGCUGCAGCACAUAGGCCAGGAAAUCAGGUAGCCCAGAAUGCUGAUGGAGAAGAGGCUGGGGGAAGGUCAUGGGUGGGGAAUUUAUCAUUAAGAUCCAGUGUGGGGGGAAUCUCUGAUUCUCCUUUGUGCUUCCCCCACCGAUCUCCACUCCCUCCCCCCACCGGGGGCAGCACAGCCCUACAGCAGCUGCCUUGACCUUGGGCAGACCAUUGUACUGGGUUUUAGUCCCUGCUGUGCUGCAUGACUUUGGGCAAGUGACUUGCCCUCUCUGAGCCUCCCUCUGAAACAGAGGUGGCGGCUCCCCUCCCCCACACUUCAGAGAGUGGCCAGGAGGGUAAGGAAGAGGGCUGCCCACUCGUCUUCGCACCCUUACUCCCUGGUUCACCAGACGGAUGGGGGACCGAUGGCAGCGUCUCAUAUCCUCUUACUCCCAACUCUGAGGCACCUGAGGUGAAGUGGGGGCCCAGACUUCUGGCUGCCCCUGUGGGAACCAUGGAAUGUACUCCCAAAGCCCCCCACUUACAGCCCUGCGCUUCACCCCAGGUCGUGGAUUUCAGGCCCCUCCACACCCAUUCUGAGUCUCUGUCCUUCCCCACCCCCCACCAGGGUUUCCCACCACAGGGUCUGGAAGUGUGUGUGAUGCCCAUUAGGCUGUUACUGGAAGUCAGAUUAAACAUCAGGGAGUGUUUCCCUCGUUUCUGUA